CAUCACAGCCCUGUCAAAUGAGCACGGGGGUUAAGACAGCCAGGAAGUGCCCAUUCCACAAGGAAAGUUGACAUAGGAGCUCAUGUGAGAAUAGAGACAGUCAUAAGCGCACGUGAACGAAACCUCCAGCACUGGACUAGAAUUUGAAUAAGAAGAUGCUGCGUUUACUCUUUCUGUUUUUGAUUCUUGGAGGUGCAGCUGCAACAUCAGAAGACACAGAAGGAAAUUCUUCAGGAGAUGUCAUGGGUGACGAUGAAGACUAUAUCUUAAAAGGGAAAACAUUGCCUAAUGUAUACGCAGAUCCUGUAAAAAUUCCUAAACCAAGUCCUGGAUCAGAUAAAUCCACAGGAGAUGAUGAAGCUAAUGAAGGUGGAACAUUGGUAAUCAUCAUAGCUGCGGUUAGCGUCAUCGUUCUGGCCAUUGGAGGUAUCGUAGCUAUUGUCCUCUUCAGACGCUACUUGCUAAGCCGGGAACAGGGGGCCUACUCUGUGCCAGCAGAGCAAGGACAGAAAGCUGCUGUCUAACCACGAGGGCCUCUUCAUUUCCUCUCUCCACUGGAUCCUUUCAGGGAUGAGCUGCAAGCAUGCGAUUUCUCAUCCGAACGUAGUGGAUUCUAUAACGUCAGUAGACGAGAGUGUGUUGCUAUCAUAAAUUUUCUAUGAACUGUUUUUAAAAGCACAAUGUAUACCGUGUUCAUGCACACAUGCCAUAUGUUGCACUCACAGAGAAAGUCCUUUGACUGUGGAGUACAGCUCAUUAGGGACUUUUUCCUCUUCACCUGCAAUUACUUUUUAUUUAAAUCAAGUUCAAAUCAUUUUUUGAAACUGUGCAUAAAAGUGUGUAAUAUUUUCCAUCUUUUACUUUCACCUUAAAAGUAAGCUAUUCAUAGUUUUUUUCCAAAUAUCCAAAUAUAAACAAACACUGUGGCUCUGGUUUAUUUGAGCAAACUGAUGCAACAACAUUGGUUCAGCCAAUGGCGUGAGUUUGGGGCGGGACUACCUAAUUAACCAGCCAAUGGCAGACAGUGCCACAAAUCAUGAACUGCAGCUUUAAGCAAACAUCCUCCCUAUUUCCCCUUACAAUCCUCUAAUGUAAGC